GGGAGUGGGGGAUACACACUUCCUUGUCCUCAGUGUUGGGCAGAUGUAGAGAGAGCAAGCAGCACCGAGAGACAGAUGAGAGUGAAGCAGCAGGGCGAGUGGGAGCCUGAACACAUCUGUCUGCACAAGGAAAGAAGACAUUUGAUGAGCCCAGACCCAACCAUCUGCACCUGACUUUUGUUUUCAACAUCAAAAUACACUUCUGGCAGAUUUUGGCCAGAAGAGAUAUUGCUGUGUUGAAGCACAAGUACACUAUGGACUUAAGUUGUACCUACUUGGAUCUUAAUUUUACUUUUGGACAAAGGCUGUUUCUAGUCUGAACUUCUCAUUAAAAUCCAAAUGGACUUCAUGGGUAUGAACAACGUUAGGAGGAAGAAAAUGAAACCUCAAAUUCCAAGUAACAUCUAAUGUCCACACAUAUUUUGAGUUGUGAACCAGAUUAUGGAGUUUGUUUUUAUUUUUCUGAGGGAACUGUAUGAAAUGAUUCUUUGGACUGCACCAUGUGGGCAUUCCUGGAUACGCUGCACUGGAAAAAGGACUGCAAACCUGAGGGUUUGAGUGUAUUUGUGGGCGUGUUUGUGUAUGCCCUAGGUGGUCUGACACAGUGGAGGUGAGAGGGGAACACAUUUCCAGACCAUUUUUCUUUACAAUGAGAGUUCCAGCCAGUGCGGCUGCAGUUUCCUGUCUUUGUCCUCUGGUGGUCUUCCUAUGUGUUGUCUCCCAGAGUUGUUAUGGGACCCGGGUCAAUCUGAGCCCUCACACAAACCCCAACCUGUACCCAAACCAGAGACUGAUAUCAGUACCUGAACCAACCCCAAUCCCAAGCAAAAGUCCUGACAAACAUAAGACUGCUCUGAUGCCCAGCCAACCCUUGAGCUCUGCCAAAUAUGUCUGGAGCAAGUUUCAGUUAAAGCCAAGACUUGAUACUAUGUUCUAUCUCACAGACACCCAUAUGCCUAACCAGCCCAACCUUCUGUCAGCAAUCUCUCAGGCUGCAUCAAGCUCAAACACUAGACUCAAACACGGUUCUGAUUCAAAGCAAGGGUUGCCAUACAAAUCAACAUCUCAGCAGGUGGCAAGACACACCUUGAACAAUCCCAAGCAAGCUUCAAACAUCAACUCCAAAACCGUACCAAAACCAAGGCUUGGAUCUUUGUUUCAGCCUAAGCCUAAGGCAGGUCCCAAGGUGACUGGGCCUAAGACUAAUCCUGAUUCAGUCCCCAGCACUAAAUUAUCUUCAAUUUUCAGUCCUAAUCAAAGGUCCAACACAUCUGAUAGGAUGAGCCCAAGCACCUCCUACAAUACCAGCCCAGCUUCGCUAUCCAAUCCCAAGUCUAAUUCCAAAGUCAGACCUUCUUCGCAAACAAAUACAAAUGCAAAAUCGGACGCAAAGAUCACCCCCUCAAUCUCCAGAACAGCCACCAGAGCACAAAGGAACCAGACCAAGUUGUUGGACACAGACAAGGAUCCUCACCAUCGGCCCAAGAGGGGCUGGAUCUGGAACCAGUUCUUUGUUCUAGAGGAACAUAUUGGACCUGAGCCUCAGUAUGUCGGAAAGCUCCACUCCAACUCUGACAAGGGCGAUGGCUCUGUGCGAUACAUCUUGUCCGGUGAGGGGGCCGGGUCCGUCUUUAUCAUUGAUGAAACAACGGGUGACAUCCAGGCUGCCAAGAGCCUGGACCGCGAGAGGAAGUCCCAGUAUGUCCUACAUGCAAGGGCCAUCGAUCGGCAGACAAACCGCUCACUGGAGGCAGAGUCAGAGUUCAUCAUCAAGGUCCAGGAUGUCAAUGACAAUGCUCCAAGAUUCCCCGAUGGACCGUUCUCAGCCACUGUGCCCGAGAUGUCUGACGUUGGAACAUCCAUCUUUCAGGUGAAAGCCUUGGACGCAGACGACCCCACCUACGGGAACAGCGCCAAGAUAGUUUAUAGCAUCCUGGAGGGACAACCCUACUUUUCUGUUGACCCCAAGACAGGUAUCAUCCGAACAGCAAUGUCCAACAUGGACCGAGAGAGAAGGGAUCACUACGCUCUGGUGAUCCAGGCCAAAGACAUGGCGGGCUCUGUUGGAGGACUGUCCGGAUCCACUACGGUCAACAUCACCCUCACUGAUGUCAACGACAACCCCCCAAAGUUUCCACAGAAGAGUUACCAGAUGUAUGUACCAGAGCUGGCUCCAUUAGGGAAGACAGUGGGCCGGAUCAGAGCCAACGAUGAGGACGAGGGGCAGAAUGCGGAGAUGACCUACAGCAUCACUAAUGCAGACGCAGCCUCCAUCUUCACCAUCACCACUGAUGCUGACGGCAGGGAGGGAAUCAUUCAACUCAAGCAGACCCUGAACUAUGAGAAGAGAAAAGUGCACACGCUCAAUAUUGAAGGCUCUAACACACACCCAGACUCCCGCUUCUCCCACUUGGGACCAUUUAAGGAUUCCACAUCGCUGCGGGUCAUUGUGGGGGAUGUGGAUGAGCCUCCUGUCUUCUCCAUGGAUUACUACAUUAUGGAUGUGUAUGAAAACUCACCUGCCGGCACCCAGGUCGGCACUGUGACUGCCGUGGACCCGGACAGCACCAACAGCGCUGUCAGGUACUUCAUAGACAAUGAAGAGGAUAGACCUUUGUUUUUCACCAUUGGGGUGAACAGCGGCAUCAUCAGGACUACUGGGGUUCUGGACCGGGAAGACAGGGCGUGGCAUAACAUCACGGUGAUGGCUGCAGAAGUUGAUAACCCACGUAUGGUGAGUCACGUCCCCGUCACAAUCCAGGUCCUGGACGUCAAUGACAACGUGCCGUCCAUCUCUGGGGGCAACAGUGCCGUCAUAGUGUGUACGAGCACCAAGAAUGGACAGGUGAUUCAAACCAUCCGAGCAACAGAUCUGGACGACUUUGCGAAUGGAAAGUUCUCCUUCUAUGUGCCUGCUGAGCAGCCAGUUGAUGGGAAUUUUACCGUGAAGGACAAUGGAGACAACACUGCCAGUAUAGUGUCUCGUCGGCGUGAAGGUUUCAGCCAGGACAGAGACCCGGAGUUCUUCAGCCUGUUGGUGGUGGUGGCCGAUGGCGGCGAGCCUCCUCUAAGCAGCACCACUACACUCUCCCUCAGGGUGUGUGUUUGUCAGGGGAACACCAGGGGUCGCAACAGCCACAACAUCUGUCAGGCCCAGGCCUUCCUGUCCUCAGCUGGUCUCAGCACCGGGGCCUUUGUUGCCAUACUGCUGUGUAUCGUCAUAUUAUUAGCCAUAGUGAUACUGUUCACACAGCUACGAAAUAAAAAGGCGAGCAAAGAACCCUUGAUUCUGUCUGAAGAGGACAUCAGAGAAAACGUGGUGACCUACGACGACGAAGGAGGCGGGGAGGAGGACACUGAGGCGUUUGACAUUGCUGCCCUUCGAAACCCCAAAGUCUCUGAGUCCCACAGGAAGUUCCACGCCUACCUCGGCCAAAGACCAAGCCUAUGCAGAGAGGACGACGAGGUCGAGGAUGACGAGGAGGGGUCUGUGGUGGUGAGGAGGAGGAGAGCUCAGCAGGUAGAUUAUGGGAACUACAGCCCAGAGUCCGAACAUGCCUGGUUUAUCAUUGACUGCAUUCCUCGAGAGCUCAGCCAAUCAGCACCUUCGCUUCUACUGGAUGGUCACGACAUAAUUCAGCAGAUCCUCCAGCAAAAGGUGGCUGAAGCGGACUCUAACACGCGGGGCCCACCGUAUGAUUCACUUCAGACAUACGCCUAUGAAGGCCUUGGCUCCUUGGCCGGGUCAGUCAGCUCUUUGGGCCUGACAGCGGGAGUGCCCGAACUAAACUAUGCCGACUUUGAGGACUGGAACCCAGAGAGGGAAACGCUGGAACAAGUAGCGGGAGAAUAGCUGGCUGCAGGCCAAGCUAACCCAGAAUCCUGAAGAAAUCAUCCAAAAGUUCUUUUUUUAACUUUUGGCCAGAUUGUUUGGAGUAAAUUACUUUUACUUGUGCCAUUUAAAGUGCGAGGACGCAAAAUGACUGCUGCAAAAGGCUGGCCAUCAGGAACUGUGGUAUUGUGUUUAAUCUGUGGAUAAGCCAUUUCGAUCCAACAGCAGAGAAGAGCACACACUGGCUGAGGGGAAACUGGGAUAAUACUCUUGCUUGAGUGCUGCGAUGAGGGACAGAAUGCUAAACGACAGAAGACAAGUGUUUUAAAAUGAAAAGUCAAUUUGCAUACACUUUUCUCCCUCUGCUCUGCUUGUUAGGUGAGUGAGUGUGAAAAGUACAGCUAGUCCUAAACCCAAAGGAUCCUGCUCUUUAUCUUAGCUGUGGCUGACACUCCAGUCAUUUAGAAACCUUGCACAUCUCGACUGGCCACAGCAAACUGGUUUGGAGCACGAUGACCCAGGGUGUGAGUCUGCACGUGGUUGAUUUAUUGGGAAAAUUAAGUUUUAUUGAUUUGUUUUGCAAAUUAUUAAAACAAUCAUGAGGCUGGCUGGGAUAUAUGUGAUGUCUAUAAACAAAGAGAAAGCUGAUGGUCUUACUGACAGGUGCACUCAAAGUAAGUUACAGGCCCUACCCCUAAUAAUUUUAUUAUUAUUAUAUUAUUAUUAUUAUUAUUAUUAACUAAUUCUUUAAAGUCAAACUUAAUUAGAAUUUCAGUUCCUCCAAUAUGUUUACCUGCACAUAGUGUGAAUAGGACCCUGAAGCAUCAGCUUCCUGGGUAAUGCCAAUUAGCUAAUCCACAUUUCAGUUUCAUGAUCAUGAUCUGAGUCAAAACCUAGAACCAACUCUAGCCACUGCACAAACUUAACUCAUCCGAAGCUAUCAUAAAUGCUAAAUGUUAAUUGUUUUCCCCAAUUUUAAGGAGACAUGUUAUGCUUAUAUUCAGGUUCAUAAUUCAAAUUUGGGUUGUAUUAUGUUCUCAUGUUCAUAAAACACAUCACUUUACUCAUAUUGUCUCUGCCGACCUUUUACAUGCACAAAAACCUAUAUAUAACACACAGGAAAUAAAUAUUGACAAAGCACAAUAUGUCAAGAGGACUUUGAAGGCAUCAAUCUCUGAAUUACCCACGUUCUAAAACCUUUCUGUUUUUAACUGGUUUUGAUCCUUCAAUUCAUCCACUGGCUGAUUAUCACCAGGCAACAUAACAACAAUUAUCACAGCUUUGCUAUAAAUACUUGACAAGGUGUCAGUAGAACCUGAUGAGCCCAUUGGGUUUGCUCUCAAUUACCACCUGUUACUGAUUUUAAUGAUAACAAAAAACAUAGGUCAUUUUUAAUUGACCUCAUGAUCAAGUGUGACAGACUGUGUCUCAUCUCUUGGUAACAUGUUUGUCAAUGUGUCAACAAUGUGUUUAAUCUGAUUGCAGGAGUUGUUUAGACAAGACUGUUGUACUUUGUAAUUGUCUUUUCCGAAACAUUCUAUUGACAGUCUCCAACUUUAAUUCAAAACUACAGACCAAAUAUUUCUGGCAGCAGUGAAGCUUUGCUACUAGCAUUUCUUUGUAUUUUACACACAUUUAUUUUUUUUAAAGAAAAUUAAGUGUACAAAAUUUUGUUCAGUUUUCACUUUGCUUUCUUGCAUCAAUUUCAGAUCUGGACAAUUCUAUUCCCGGGUCGAUACAGUUGCCAUAAUGGUUGUUUCUGUUGUCAUCACUCUUGACAGUAAACCUGCCCAACCAACCACAGUCAUUUGAAGUCAGUUUCAUGUUGUUUUGUCCCACAUCGGCCUCUAAUCAGGCAGAGAACAGGAAGCAGAGCUCAUGAUAAUGGCUACACAUGACAUUUUAUUAAAGUUGCUGCAGUGGAUAAGGGCUGCAAGAAAUUCUUCUGAGCUGUAACCAAGACAGAAGUGGAAAGUAGGUACAAGGACAUUGAGAGUGACACUGAAGAGGAGUCCUUGGUAACACUGAUGAGUGACAAGUUCAUGAUUAGAACUAACUCCCCACCCCUCAAUUGUUUCUCACUCUAAUCCUGCUGAUAUCUGUAAAUAUGGAAAUUUAUAUUUCAGUAUGCAUUUUUUUUCCACUGGACUGAAGGCGGUGAGAGGACUGUAUCUUUUCUGAGUGGAAAUAAAUAAAUACGGCAACAGAGGAAUAUGAUGAGGAAGAUGGAAGAAAUUAAGCCUAUUUUCCCUGGUGUAUAUUUUUUUUCGAUGAAUAAAAAAGACCAGUGGUUUCAGAAAAA